AGUCUCUCCGCACCGCACCGCACCGUACGGUCGAUGUUCCGGGCCGUCGCUGUCGGUUUAUCUCCCCGCUAUGUUCAGCAGCCAUGAGGUGAAUGAGAAACAGUCGUCGGAGGUUCUUAGCAGCGGGAAAAGCUGGUGGUGAUGUCCAGAUCUUAGACAAAGACUAACUCUCCCUCCCAUCAUGGACUCCAAGAAGCCGGGCAUGCUGCGGCAUCUCCGCCAGAAGAUGCUGCCACAUCUUCGGCGAGGCAAGACGAGCCCAAGCAAGUCGGUCAUCCAGCUCGAACACGCCAUGGACCACCGGAUGAGCUCCUCCGUUCCCGACAUGAGGGACAUGAGGCAGGAGUACGCUCACGUCUCCUCCAACACGCAGCUGCAGCAGUACAAUUCCCCCAGCUACAGCAACCCCUCCUCACCACUUGUCAAGCCUGCUCGAGGCCCAGGAGGAGGUGGGAGUGGCCUGAAGACAGGAGUACCCGGUGGAGGAGCUGGGAGGAGUGAACACAGACUAAGUGUGCCUACAGACUGCACAGACUGGGCUUCUUCUCAGGAGUCUUUCAACAGUCUCUGUGAGGAGGAGAAGAGUUCCCUAGAGACAAACUACAGACCUGCCAGGGGAAUGGAGCCUGAGGAGCUGGCCCUACCGGAGAUGAUGACAGUCUACAGUCCAGACACUCCAUCCAUGGAGGCUUUCCAGGACAGCUCACAGUAUGAUAAUCAUGCUUUCAACAGUCUCAUGUCAAAGGACGGGGACAACCAAAAUUACGAGAUGGGCAACGAGUCCUUCAGUGUGUCAGAGAACACCAGGGAUCUUUCCAGGUCCUUUCUGCUCACCAUCAACCUGAAGGAAGGACGCAACCUGGUCAUCAGGGACCGCUGUGGUACCAGCGACCCUUAUGUGAAAUUCAAAUUGGACGGUAAAACGUUCUACAAAAGCAAAGUGGUUUUAAAAGACCUCAACCCCACGUGGAAUGAGACCUUCUCCCUACCCGUGAAGGAUCUGAACCAGAAACUGUACAUCAAGGUAUACGACCGUGAUCUGACAACGGAUGACUUUAUGGGCUCCGCCAGCGUCACCCUGAGUAAUCUGGAAACUGACAAGGUCAACGAGCUGUCUUUGCCUUUGGACGACCCAAACAGCCUGGAAGACGACAUGGGGGUCGUGCUGGUGGACAUGACUCUGUCACUCAGAAAUGGAGACAGCAAAAAAGGCCCUCGGUGGCCCCAAAUACGAAAACGAAGUAUUAGGUCAGGAGGCACUUCUCAGAGCUUUCGUCUGUCAGAGACACUGAAGAAGAGUCAGCUGUGGACUUCGGUUGUGUCAGUGACUCUGGUCGAGGGUCAGGAGCUGCCGCUGGACGGUCAGGGAGGUCAGCUCUUUGUUCGCUUCAAACUGGGAGAGCAGAGAUACAAAAGCAAGAAUCACUGCAAGGUGCCCAACCCUCAGUGGAGAGAGAGGUUCACUUUAAACCAGUUCUUGGACAGUCCAAAUAUCCUGGAGGUGGAGCUCUGGUCCAAGGGAGGACGAAAGACUGAGGAGUGUUUGGGAAUGUGUGAAGUUGACCUGUCCAGGGUCCCUUACGAUCAGAGGCAGCUGUUCACGCAGACCAUGGACCAGGGGAGAGGACGCUUGGUCUUCAUACUUACACUGAAUACAUGCAGCCACGUCUCCAUCUCCGACCUCUGUGUCGCACCACUCGACCAACCUCACGAGCAACAGAACCAACUGGACAACUAUAGUUUGAAAAGGUCCCUGAAAAACCUCCGUGAUGUCGGUUUCCUUCAAGUCAAAGUCAUCAAGGCUGCGGAACUGCUGGCUGCUGAUUUAAAUGGCAAGAGUGAUCCCUUCUGUGUGUUGGAACUGGGGAAUGACAGACUGCAGACCCACACAGUCUACAAGAGCCUCCACCCAGAGUGGAAUAAAGUCUUCACAUUCCCUGUCAAAGACAUUCAUGAGGUUCUGGUGGUGACUAUCUUUGAUGAGGAUGGAGACAAGGCGCCAGACUUCCUCGGAAAAGUUGCCAUUCCCCUGCUCUCGAUCCGCAGGGGACAACAGAUCACCUACCCGCUGAAGAAAGAGGACUUAGGUGGGCUGUCGAAGGGGAGCAUCACUCUGGACCUGGAGGUUAUUUUUAACCCUGUCAGAGCAAGUAUAAGAACCUUCCAACCCCGGGAGAGAAUAUUCAUGGAGGAUAAUCCCAAAUUUUCCAAAAAGGCUCUGGCCAGGAACGUACUGCGUGUGAAAACACUGUACAUGGCUAUCAUGUCGACUCUGCAGUACAUCAAAAGCUGCUUCCAGUGGGAGAGCGUUCAGAGGAGCCUGCUGGCCUUCCUGGUGUUUUUGGUGACAGUGUGGUGCUGGCAGUUUUACAUGCUGCCCUUCUUCCUGGCCCUGCUCAUCUCUUGGAACUACCUCCAGAUCCGCUCUGGUCGCGUCAGUCAGGACCUGAACAAUAUGGACUUGGGGGAUGAGGAUGAGGAUGAUGAGAAGGAGUCAGAGAAAAAAGGGCUGAUGGAGAAAAUCCACAUGAUCCAAGAAACCAUCAUCACCCUUCAAAACCUGCUGGAUGAGAUUGCCUCUUUUGGGGAGAGGAUUAAAAACACUUUCAACUGGUCGGUGCCGUUCCUGUCCGGCUUGGCUUUACUGAUCUUCGUCACUGCAGCAAUGCUUACAUACUACAUCCCUGUGCGCUACAUAGUUUUGAUAUGGGGUAUCAAUAAAUUCACCAAGAAAUUACGGAACCCGUACAGCAUUGACAACAAUGAGGUGCUUGAUUUCCUGACGAGGGUGCCUUCAGAUGUGCAGAAAGUUCAGUACAGUGAAAUGAGAGGCAGCAAGAAGAAGAAAACCUCAUAGAACGAGGAUAGUAUGUCAGCGGGACCUGAUGUUGCUGUUUGUGGGCUUCCUUCCUAAAAACUGUUCCCAGACAAUCUGCAGAAUCUCACCUUUUGUCGGUUUUGCGGUGCGUGGUAGGUUUGAAUCUUAAUUUGCUGUGUUGAUGCACAGCUCAGCACCACUCAUUUCAACCAGCACCUAAACCUUUUAACCAAAGAAGUCUCUGCAGAGAAUUACUACAUUUUGUAACAGAUUUUACUAAUGAGUCUAUCUGUGCAUUUCUGGAACAAUUUGUAAUAUUAUUUCCAAAGAUUGUAGGUGUUUUAUUGUAUGUACAGUUUAUGUUUUAAUAUAAUCAAUCAGAAGCUGCUUUAUUUUAUAUUCCUGGCUCAGGUUAUGUCCUCCUGAAACCAGCUGAAAUCUAAUUUUGUACUUUACUAAAUGUAUAUGUUUAGUAUGUAACAUUUGUGUGUAUAUUUUUACACAAUUUCCAUUGACAGAUGUGAAGACUUUAAUUCCAAAAUGGAUUAUAUACCAUUUGAAAAUAACAAACCAAAAUUGUUGCUGGGGUGAUAGUAAAUUUCAUUAUAAGGGUAACUUUCAAAAAUCAGAGUCGUCAUCUUAGAAAAUUGCUAUAUUAUUUAGAUCUUUGUGAUUAUAAGUAUUAAUGAUUAAUGAAGUACUUUUCCAUAUGUCGAUACACAGCAACAUAUCAUAAGUAAGAAGCAAAUAUUAUGCAUGAUCCGUUGUUUCUUACAUUUACCUUUGAAAAAGGAUAAAGAGGUAUGUGCUAACAAUAUUGACUGACUACUCUCACUUUAACGUGACAAUAUGGACUUGUUAUUACAUGCAAAGAUGAGUGCCUACAUUUUAGGUUUUAUUUUAUUUUUUUGUUCAUCCUACAUACAGGUUGCACUGUUGCUCUAUGUUGUAUUUCAGUCUUUGCUUGUGGGUGGGAUGGGGCCAGAUCUGUACACACAACUUUAUUUAUAAAUGACAAUCAAAGAUGAAAACUUUGUAUCUCUCAUAUCUAACAGCAAUAAAUGCACACAGUCACGCA